CCGCGGCUGGUGCGGCGGCGGCGGGAGAUGCGGGCGGCUGCGGGCACCCGGCGGGCUUGGCUCGGCCGCCGGUGCCUUCUCCGGCUCCGCCGCGGGGGUCGCAGCGGCUGCCGCGCCAUCCUCGAGCUCCCAGCUUGAGAAGGCGGCGGGCGGAGAGGAGCAUCGUGUUCGAGGCGGAGACCCAGAGGGAGCCCCGCGCGCGGCCUCGCUCAUUGCUAUGGACAGUGCUAUCACCCUGUGGCAGUUCCUCCUUCAGCUCCUAAAGGAGCCUCAGAACGAUCACAUGAUCUGCUGGACCUCUAAUAAUGGGGAGUUCAAGCUUUUGCAGGCCGAAGAGGUGGCUCGUCUCUGGGGGAUUCGAAAGAACAAGCCUAAUAUGAAUUAUGACAAACUCAGCCGAGCCCUCAGAUACUAUUAUGUGAAGAAUAUCAUUAAAAAAGUGAAUGGUCAGAAGUUUGUGUACAAGUUUGUCUCGUACCCAGAGAUUUUGAACAUGGAUCCGAUGACAGUGGGCAGGGUUGAGGGAGACUGCGAAGCUUUAAGCGUCAGUGAACUCAGCAGCAACAGUUCCAAAGAUGUGGAGAAUGGCGGGAAAGAGAAGCCAGCACAGCCUGGUGCCAAGACCUCUAGCCGCAAUGACUACAUACACUCUGGCUUAUAUUCUUCAUUUACUCUCAACUCUUUGAACUCCUCCAACAGGAAGCUUUUCAAAUCUAUAAAGGUUGAGAAUCCAGCUGAGAAAUUGGCAGAGAAAAAAUCUCCUCAGGAGCCCACACCAUCUGUUAUCAAAUUUGUAACCACACCUGCCAAAAAGCCACCAGUUGAACCUCUUGCUGCUGCCAUUUCUACUGGCCCAAGUAUUUCUCCAUCUUCAGAAGAAACUAUGCAAGCGUUGGAGAAUCUGGCUUCCCCCAGACUGCCUUCUCUGGAAGCACCGACUUCUGCAUCCAGUGUAACUGCCGCUUUUACCACCACACCACCUAUUUCAUCUGUGUCCCCUCUGCAGGAGCCUUCUAGAACACCUUCACCACCACUGAGUUCCAACCCAGACAUGGACACAGACAUGGAAUCAGUGGCUUCUCAGCCAAUGGAACUUCCGGAGGACUUGUCCCUGGAGCCUAAAGACCAGGAUUUGGCUUUGCCAGAAAAGGACAAAACAAAUAAUUCAUCAAGGUCCAAGAAACCCAAGGGGUUAGAGCUGGCACCAACCCUGGUGAUCACGGGCAGUGAUCCAAGCCCACUGGGAAUAUUAAGCCCAUCUCUCCCUACAGCUUCUCUUACUCCAGCACUUUUUUCGCAGACACCCAUCUUACUGACUCCGAGCCCCUUGCUCUCCAGUAUCCACUUUUGGAGUACUCUCAGCCCGGUUGCUCCCCUAAGUCCAGCCAGGCUACAAGGUGCUAACACACUUUUCCAGUUUCCUUCUGUGCUGAACAGUCAUGGGCCGUUCACUCUGUCUGGCCUGGAUGGACCUUCCACCCCUGGCCCAUUUUCCCCAGAUCUACAGAAAACAUAACCUAUGCACUUGUGGGAUGAGAGAACCAAGGAAUAACACCCAAGAGACACCCAACAUGAUUACAUUUAAAGUGAGCAAUUGAUACAUCACAAUGCUGAUAAUAGACUAUUGUGAUUUCUGCCAUUCUCCAUUAAAAAUGCUUUUUUAGGAUUCCCUUUGAAUAGGACUCAAGUUAGACUGUGUAUAAAAAUGCCUUAAUUGGAGUCCAGACUCCACCUCCCUCUUUUUCUUUCUUUUUAAAAAAUAUUUUGAACUUUGUGUUAAAGAAAUUUUUGGUGGGGUUUAGCAGCUAGCUAUGCUUUGCAAGAGAAUUAAGAACAAAGUUACUCCUCCUGCCUUAUUGGGACCCUUUGGCCAGGAAAAAAAUUAUGCUUUGAGCAUGUUAUAUAAAGAAAUAUUAGUUAAAUGAAAUUGGCCAUAUCUUUAGGACUUUAAUGUGCUCUGUUGAAUACUGAGUUGUGCAUAAGCAGUAGAGGAAAAAGAAUCAUUCCUAUUCACACCAAGUAAGAUUGGAGCAGGACUAUUGGGUAGAUUCUGUUUUGCUAUGAACUAUAACAUAUGUAAGCAACUCCACAAAAAGGCAUCUUAUUUACAUUUAUUCAGGGUGGAUCUCUUAGCCAUAUGUGUGAUCUUGUCUGAACCUGUCAACAGAGCAUGGAGCUAGUUUAUUCCCACUUAGGGAGAUUUUUAAACCGGGGACUUAAAACAGUAUUUGGAACAACCAGUGAGAACAUGGGACCCCAUAUCUGGCACAGAAAUGUCAUCUGCUCUCUAGGUGGUAUGAUUACACACCCACGGAAUACAGUAUGGUAAAUGAUGGCUUUUAGGGAGAUGAACCUGGGGUUUGAAAUGUUGAGGCAUCUCUGAGUCGAAGAUUCAAUUGAAUAACUUGAAACAACAUGUAGGGCUUUUCUCAGUUGGAAGGUACCGGCACGAAGGACCCUUUUCUCUGUUCAUUUUAUCCCAUUUUCUACCGUAUAUUUGUCUUUUAAAUUUAAGGUUGUUAGAGGUUGUGAUAGUUUUAACAAUGUAAUUAGGAAGAUGAAAAGCAAAGUGAAGCCUCCAAAUCUGUAGUGAAGUAAAGAUAUGCUUAUUUCUUUGAGUUUUUUUUUUUUUAAUAAGAAAGGAGCAGAGUUCAUUUGGCAAUGCUCAUACAUAGGGAUUGGAUUAUUCAUAUUAGUAGUGAAAAACUGAGGCCUUCAUCUCUACCAAAUUUAUAAAAUAUUACCAUAUAGUAAUCAGUGCCAGGUGCAGACAGAUUUGUUGAUCCCCUAAACUGAUUUGAUACCAACGUCACAGUUGAGUCUUUUGAAAAACGUGGCUUUAAAGUCCAGGAUCAGAUGAUAUGCUGCUACCACCACCACCACCCUGCCCAUUAAACUAGUCUUUUAACCCUCGAAAUAGUUCCUAUAAUUAACCACCUGAAGUAAAUGGAAUAAGGGAGUAGUAAGGACUUGAGGGCUCAAAGUGACACUGCUAUAAACCAGCAUCUUCCAGAUACAUAAAGUUCACUUUGUUUUAUACAGUAUGGAGAAACUCUAGCAUAAGAUGUCUAUGCUAGUUCAUUAGUAGCAGAAGGACAGUAUUCAGGGAGCUGCCUUUAUAUUUGUAGUGUUGGAGACUGUUACUGGUUCAUUUGUGGUUAUCAGCUGAAAAGUUCUGUUCCUGAGAUGUGCAAUAGCAGUGUUGAAAGGCAGUGUUCAGUAGUGAUGGGGAACAGACAUACUGGAUUUUCUUCCCACAUUGAAUCAUUUCGUUUGCAUGCCUCUUUGAAAUUAGACUGCUCAGCAGCACUUUGGACUAGUUUUUAUUAGGUUAAUUCACAUUUUGUACAUUAGAUAAGUAAAUAUUGAUGGCUUGAUUUAACUAGAUAUUUAAAAUUUUGAAAGCACAAAAGUAUCUUAUUUUGAGUCAAAGGAGAAAAGCCAUUGGUUUGUUUUCAUAGAUAGUAUCUUUGAUAAUUAACCGUCUCAGCACAGGGGUGCCUGGAACCAAGGGCACCAUGAAAACUCGGUCAAAGCAACUUCCUAGGAACCAGUUUUAGUGAGUCCUCUGCCUAUAAACCUCUCCCAGAAGUCUCUGAGAGGUGUGGGCCUUAGGAGGUUGAUGAUGAUCUGCUUUCUCUUUGAGAUCAACUGUUUUGGGGAAGUUGGUGUGUGUGUUUGUGUGUAUGUAUGUGUUCACUUUUUUAAGUGAAAUGAAACUGCAACUAUAGUGCAAGUGUGUAUGAGGCAGAUCGUUCUAUUUGUAAACUACCUCCUUCCUGGAAAAGUCUCUGUUAUUUUUUUGAACAUCCACAGAGUUCUUAGCAUCAAAAGGUGACAUACCACUUAAGAUCAGUAUUCACUGGAGAGACUUAUAUUUGGUAGCAGUAGCUGGUAUCCAUCACUAGUCACUUUGCCAGGAUGAAUGCUGGUUGGCCAAAGGAGCCCAAGUUAAGAUAGGGGAGCAGGUUUAGUGAGUUUUUGCGACUUCUGCUGUGAUUAGCUUAACUUUUCAUUUGCUCUGGCCGAUAUCUAGUCAGUUGUAUGCUGUGAGAUGUUUAACCACCAGGCUCUCUGAAGGGAACAAAAAGGCCCUUAAAUUGUAGCAUUUGCUGAUUCCCAUCAUGUAAGUUACUCCCUCUGUGGUUGAUUUUAAGCCCCCACCUUGGAGUUGAGAAGGGGGGCACACAGUUGGCUCAGAGCCACACACUCAGCCAGUGAACCACUGCAUUUAUUUCACCCUAGGGUGGAUUUUCACAUAAUUUCUAAAAUAAUUUUUUUCUUUUUGGCUUGUCACAGUGCUUUUGUGAUAUAAUAUUCCUCAUGGCAUAUUUUAUGUGUUCAAAGGUGGAAACUUCCAUUGAUUUUUUUAAAAUUUAUACAUGAUGGAAGAAUCCAGAAACCCUCAAAAGGUCAGCCUUAUGCUUCUUUGAGUUAAAAUAUAGGUUUAAUUUUUCUACAUCUUGGUGGUUAAAAUACAGGUAACAGUAAUUUUUUUCUUUAGAUUUUGAUGGGGAAAAUAAGCCCAUGAGCCUAUAGUAAAAGGGUACUAGAUUUUUUUUUUACACUGGAUUUUUUUUACAAUUCCUUGAAGAUUUACAUACUAUAGUAGAGAUCAAAGAAGGCAGCACUGACUGUUGAAUCUAUUUACAUGGCACAUUUUUAGUUUUCUCCAUACUGUGUGUCACUUAGGCUUGGAGGAGACAGUAAAUCAGAGGCUUGGAAUUCUGGAACUGUAACUGCAGGCUGUUGAUAUUAUCACUUCAGUGCCAUUCACACUUGGCAUUGUGUGAUGUCUAGUCUAAUGACAUCGUUUCAUCCUGAUCUCAGAACUUGUGUUAUGAUUCUAAAGUUCUCAAAGGCAGUUUUGUAUGUUUCUAGUGAAUUUAUGUACAUUAGAGCCAUUCACUGGCAUUUCAGAAAAGCAGUCUCCAACCUUUUUGAACACACACCUUGAUCAAUAAAAGGCUUUGAACACAAAUACCCUAUUGCAGAUUUAUAUGUAUAUAUGUUAAGUUAUAUACUGCUAUACUAGAGUCCUAUAUACACUAUAAGACAUAACACAAAACAGAAAUUAAGGAUGGCAUAAAAAUAAAUCUUGAGUAGAAAUUCUAAUAUUUUUUUCCUGCAUCCAGUAGAUUGUCUUGUGCACUCCCCUGGAGGCAUGUACUCUACUUUAAAGCCCCCUGACUCAGGGUUUGUUUGUCAGUCUAAUCUUGAAAAAUACAAUGUGGAAGCUUUGGUUGUGAUAUAUGGGGAAAUCCUUUACAUAUUUGAUUUGAUUUUCAUGUAAAAUCUCCAGUAGAGAUUAGGAAUUUUUCAGCAGAGCUUGUCAUCAACUUUCUGAAAUUUCCUAUUUCUUUUUCAUGAGAAAUUUCUUUUUCAUACAUUGCCAAAUAGCCCAUUACCAAAUGUUUCCCAGAGCUUCAUGCUUAUUAUUUUUGACAGCCUGUUGUCUCUUUCCUUUUCAUAUUAGGUGUGACUUUAUAAUUUACUUUUAUUUUACUAGCUGCUCUCAAACUUCUUUUGGCCUUAUUAAUGUUAUAUUUUACCAACAAUUUCAGAAUUAUUUCAAGUUGCUUUAUGUUAAAAUACAUAACAACCUCCAGUUUCUUGCUGCAUUGGUAAGUUUAUUAUUAUUAUUAUUAUUUUUUUUUGGUAACAUUUUGGCAUCUGAACAAAUAAAUAUUUUCUUGAUGGGUCUGUUCUAUCUAUCACUUCAUUUAUUGUAUGUAUUUUAUUUACCCAUGCCAGAAAUCUAGAAUUGUACUGAGGUGCCGUUCUUAGGUGUGUAAACAAGUAUGGCGACAAGUGCAGGUCUCUGUGCAGAAGCCUGGAGCUCUGAGUGAAGGAUCACAGCAACAGGAAAACUAGACUCUUCAUGAAGUACGUAGUCUGUGAUCUGAGGGUGUGACAGGAUGGAAUUGAGAAGUUAAUUGUUCAAUUCAUAAUAGUGAAGUGGAGGCCAGCCAUAAUUAUCUUGAGCAGGUACUCUGACCAGAGAAUUAGUUCGAUGGAAAGUGUUUGGUUAAUUAUCUUCUUGGUUUGGGGUCAACAAUUAAUCAACAAUUAAAUAAACAGUUGUUACUGUUUUUAAUGCUGCUGGUGUUGCCUGAAACAAGGUGCCCUGCUAUUUCUCUGUGUCAUCAGAAUUCUGCUUACUGAAGUUGAAGUUUUAAUCUUAGAAUCUAGAAUUCUUGUGGGUGGUGGUGUGUUAAGCAAGAAAAGAAGGCGGUUUGAUUUCAUUUCUCGUACUUGGUGGAACCUGUUAGGAUGAAAGUCAUGUUUUUACCUGUAAACAGAGCAGAACUGAAAAGGUGAGUUAUUGAUGUAGUAUAAAUGUUCCAUUUGAAGCUGCCAGUUUCUUCAAGCUACUUUUCUGAAAAAAAAAUUGUGGUAGAUUGACAGCCUGCCAGAAAUAGCAAUUUCUAGGGUGCUGCCAUCCACACUUAGUUGUUGUGAAGAUGGAAAUCAGAGUGGUUUGCGUGAGAGGGGAAAGGUUGGCUCUAAGCUUUCUAUAGAAACCAGGAAAUUCAGGCUGUUAACGUUUUAAAUGAAACCUUUAACAAGAAAAUUUAUGAGGGAUACAAUCAAACAUAGUCUCUUGAACUCUAAUCUUUUGAGUAUAAUAUAGAUCAAGAAGUUUUAUGAGGCUUAAGUUUUUAUUUUAAAAUAUUUUGGGAAACUAGAGCAUUUCUUUCCAAGUCAUUCUGAUUGGCUGAGUGCAUACAUGUGUGUGUAUAUAUACUGAUGUAUUGACUGAGUAUAUGUUUGUGUGUACGUGUAUAAAUAAAUCUAUUUUUCAGAGGGAACAUAUGGUCAUCCUAGUCUAGGAUGGUUCCUAGGCUAUUUUAUACUAAAACUUAAAAACAAAAAUUGGCUGCACUUUGCAGUUGUCACUUUUUAAAAAUUAAUGCCUUGCACAUUUGUUUUUUUAAAUGCAUAGAAUCAUAGGCCUUAAAGACUAAUUGCUUGUCUACUCUUUAGAAAUACUGUACAGUGCCACAUGUGACAUACUCUAAGCAAAGUCAUCUUAAACUGUUUUCUUAUAUUCAUGUAUUAUUGAGCAAAUAAGAAUGUUCUUUCUAAAAACUUCUACAUUUUUGUGUAAAAUCCUUGUUACGUUGGGUUCUACGUUUCUCAGAGAGGAGGUUUAUACUAGACGUAGUAUUUCUAAAAUACAGAUUUAACCAUGAUUGAAAUAGUGGUGGAGGAAUUCUGGCAUUGUAGCUUAUUCAUCCUUUUGAACUGUACAUAGAAAGCAUUAGCAGAAAACUCAAGAGUAUCUUGGGCUGAAUGGUCUUCUCAACUUUGCCUUGUUUCCCAUCUCAUAAGGGCCCGUUCUUGUUCUUGUCCCCUCCAAGGAUUAUGAGCCCUGCGAGGACAGGCCUGGGAUCUUCUGGACGGGUUGGGGGUGGGGAGGUGCCCUGUGGCUGGGCCUGAGUUCUAGCCAGUCCAUCAUUCAAGCUUGCCUAGAGUUCAGGGGUGGGAAUGCCAUAUACUGGUAUGAAAUCACUUGGCACUUUUUGGGACACCAUUAUUAGCACUGUUCUGUUUUUAAUAACUGGAAGCACUUAAUGAUUAUUUUGUUUAAUUUCACCUUGAGGAUAUUGAGGGUCAGGGAAGUUAAGGUUUAUUGCUUGCUUAUGUUUUCUGGAACUUGACUGUUUGGAGAAGGGAUAAGUGGAUUACCCAAUGAGCCAUUCUAGGCUCUGUAAGGUAUGCUGUUUUGGCUAGGAUGCUUUAAAAUAAUUUACAAGCUUUUAAUAUUCUGCUUUGUAGAAAUGUAUGACUUUUAAUGGUUUGCAGUUGGUGGAUUAUACUCAACUUUGUGAAUUCGCCAAAUUUAAGUUUCUUUUCUGUUUAAUCAUUGUUGCUUAUUGUCUGUCAGGUAGGGGACACAGUCCUUUCUAAGACAUUUCAUGCUUUUUGUUUUUGAUGGCAGUAUUACCAAGGGCCUUUAAGUGUACAUUACAUUCAUUGCUUAUGUGAUAAAGUAGCAUAUUGUAUGAACUUCCCUGUUCAGUAUUAGUGAAGUGAACUGAGAUGCAUAUAUGUAAAGAUAGAAAUGAAUGCAAUUAAUUUUUGAUUACUUGAGGCCUAUUUAUUUGGUUUGGCCAUUCGACCUUUUCUAGUCACAAUCAUAUGUAUUUCUUCACUUUUACCUUCUAGCAGUUUCAUUUAUCUUUGUGGGUAGGGAAGAUUAAAUAUGAAACUCAGUCCAGUCAUUUUGCUACUGGCUGGCUUUGGUUUGAGGCAAAUAAAAGUUUUGACUUAGUUUUUUAGAAUUCUGCCCUUUACACUAGAUAAUCAAGUUGGCUUUAAAAAAGUGUACAAUUUUGUCCUUUGAAGAACAAACUAAUAAUUUUCUGUGAGCCCUAUUGGAUCUUCAAGUACGGAUAACACUUGAAAAUUAAAUACCGUUAAACUUUUGAUUUUCGCCCACCCAAUGUGUAAGUCAGAAAGAGAGCAUAUGUCUGCUGUGGUGUUAACACAGAGAGAUGUAUUCUUUUACCUCAGCGUCUUAGUUUGGCCUCUGUAAUAAGAACUUGUCAGGGUGCUUUUCUUAAACUCCGAUUCAUUCAGCUGAGAAGACAGUUACUUCAUUGUUUAUUUUUCCCCUUGUUUAUUUUAUUGAAAUCUAUCUCUCAUAAUAUCUAGUAUCCACUACUUUUGUAUAAACAGAAUACUUACAUAUAAUGCCAGUGCACACCUACCCAAAAGACUGCAUUAUUGUUAAAGUGUCAUUAACAACUUGUCUUGAUUAAUCUGUUUAAUUUACAUGAGGGAGACCUUUGAAGUAUUAAAAUCACUUUCUUUUCUUUUUCCUAAAAAAGCAAUUCAAAUGAUGGUAACUGCUAGCAUUUAUUAAAAUCACAUUAAUUGCUGAUGCAGCUGGAGAGAAACUGCCACAUCUUCUAGCUAAGCAGUCUGACUUAACGUGUUGGGAAACUAAGGGAUGUUGUUUUAGGGUAAUUAGUAUGGCUGUAGCUGGAGCCUUCAGCUCUACAUGCGUGUGGCAGAAAAACUUUACAGAGUUUAGGUUGGCGAGGAAGAAUAUGCGCUGGCACUUUGAGGGCUUUAUAAUAUGCUGCUUUUAGGAGGGAAAAGUGUAGUUGAUACUCAGUGCACCUCCAGACAUAGUAAGGGGUUGCUCUGAAUAACCAAUCAGGUGAUCUUUUUUUUCUACGGCUUCAAGUUUUAUGCAAAAAUAUUGUUAAAUUCUGUAAUGAUGAUAUGCAUCUUUUUAGAAAGAUGAUACAUUUUUAAAAACUAUUUUAUAUAAGAAUUGUCAGAGGAAUCUGCUUUGUAUAAUGGCAAGCUGGCUUUAAGAAAGCACUGUAUCAAAUUUACUAAAGUCCAAAAUUAUAUAGAUAUGUUAAUAGAUGUAUGUGCAACUUGAUAUGGACAAUUGUAUUUUUUUAAAUAAAUAUUUUUAACAAAAU